AAAUUCCCUCUUUCACCCACUCUCACUCCAACUAAUUGUUUUCUUUCUGUUGCCUUCUGGGUUUCAUCUCUCUUUCCAUAACUCAAGUGAAAAAAAGCCUUUGCUUGCCUGCUUGCUUUCUUCUUCUCAUUCUCAGGAAGAUGGGCUUUUUUAUGUGCAGCUUUUCUUGGUUGGCUUCAUUUCUUUAAGUUUCAAACUUGCUUCUUGAACAUCAAAUAAAUAAGAGAAGUGCUCCCACCCCUACAAUUCAAGAAUGUAUGUGCUAGAGAACAGGGCAAAAUCACAACAUGACUGAGACAAUCUCUGCACUAUCUAACAAAACAGGGCAAAUGAUAUUUGUUAGCACCAUGAGGAGCUUCCUGGAUGCAAUUUAAAUUACAUGAUCUUCUAUAUCUUCAAAGUUUCAAACUUGCUUCUGGAUAAAGCACCUUUGUUGAAGUAGUCUAAAGUUCAUGGCUAUUGGACAAACGAAAUGUUCCUCGAGCUUUGGAAAGCCUCCAUGGAUAUUCAAAGGCAGUGCGUUGUAUCAACUCCAUCUUGUCAAGGCAGCAACUGUUCGUGCAUGCAUCCCAAAAGAGUUCAGAUUAGUUGAAGCAUUUGGGUAUACUCUUGGUGGCUUCUUUCUUGCCAACUAUGAUGACAGUCCAGCUGGAGUCUUUGAUGAGCUCGUUGUAAUUGCUGGACUUGUAUGGAGCCCACCAACAUCUUGCGCAUGGGCAGCGAAGGUGCUUGUGAAUAGUGAUGAAGCUUGUGAUCAUGGACGAAAGGAAGUGGGGCUUCCAAGUCAAGUUGCAAGGUUUUCUAAGACAAUUACAGCAGUUUCAGGGAAAUCAAAGAGCAAAAAUACUGGAUUUCUAAAUGCAAUUGGCAUGAAUGCUCUUUUCUGUGAACCAAGAGAUUGUAUGGAUGUUCAAGUGACUGAAAUCAACGAUCCAACUGUAAAAGAUUUCUGUAAUAUCAACCUUACCACUUUUGUGCCUGAGUCAAAUAUUGGCAACUGGAUGGGGCCAGCGAUCAAAAUGUCACUUCCGAGUUUUAGCGGCCGUACAGAAUAUUAUCCCAACCUUCUCAAGUACUCUUGCCAGAUUGAGUGCAGGGUGCGAGCAGUGCAUCCAGCAAAGGUAUCAGGACCAUCUUCGAUGCCAAAGAGCGAGGCAGAACGAUCUUCAGAAAUCCAUCACGCGACAGAAGAAUUCAUGGAUAAUGGCAAGAACCUAUGUGUAGCUGUGAUGUCAUCAAAGCCUAUAUUGGCAUUAGAGUUCAGUUGUAUGAAAAUGCAGGUUGAAGCUCCAGUUGUAGUUCCCAACAGCUUUAACAACUCUCUAGCAACCUCUUGAUUGUGUUAUCUGUUAUAAUAUUCAAAAUAAUUUCUUCUGGCGUGCUGUGAUUUCAACAGUAAGAAUUUAGUCUCAGCUUCUUGCAACUUUGAGUAGGACAUCAACUUGUUGUCAAUAGAA